AUGGCCGGCCAGGCCAGCCGCGCCGUGCGCGGCAGCAGCGCCGUAGCCCUGUUUCAGUUCCCGUGCUUUCUCCACUCCUCUCCCCUCAUCCUGUCGAACUCCCCCCUUGCCCCGAUCCCAGGCGCCGUAUCCGACGAACGCGCCGUGGCAGAACAUGGUGCUGGGGCAGGGCGGCAGCCCCGAGCUCGUGACGCCGUACCUCGUGCAGAGCGCGGAGGGGCGCAUCGCGUGGGGGCUGCCGGUGCGCGACCCGCAACCCGGGUACAUUGUGCAGGCGUUCGUCACCGCGCUCAUGAUCUCCACGCUGCAGGGCCUUCCCCCCCACCAGCUCUCCGCCUACGACGACCUCUCCGCCACCCUCUCCGUCCGCUAACCCUCUUCCGCGCCCGCCGAUCCCUCCAUCCUCGAGGUCCCCCUGGUGCGCGGGUCCCCCUUCCUCACGUUCAUAUUCCCCCCUGGCGGCCCCCCCGCGACGCCCGUGCUGACGACAAUCCAUGCCAUCACGGGAGUGGAGGCCAGCAGCGACAGCAGCAAGUACCAUGUUGCGCUCAACAACGGCCAGGUCAGUCCGCAGCGCCAACCGCACCCCUUUGCCGCCCAGCGACCGCCGCCGUACCAGCCCCAUUCGCUGUCUCACUCGCCCAUGGUUCCUACUAUCUCCCCCUCCCGCUUGCUUACUCUCUGUACUCACCACCUCCGUCCCCUCGUUUCCCCCCCAAUCCGCUUCCCCUACACCAGACAUGGCUGGUGUACCUGUCGUCGCCGCUAACCCUGAGGCAGGACGGGUCGACGCUGGCAGCGGACGUACCGUUCACGGGGACGAUUCGCGUGGCGCUGCUGCCGGGCUCCUCCCCGCAGGACGAGGAGGCGCUGCUGGACGCGCACGUGCCCACGGUGCCGGUGGGGGGGAGUGCGCAGGUGGGCGCGUUCCGCAUCAAGUACACCUGGCGCACCCAGCAGUGGCGCGAGCCGGCCAAUGGUAACACCGAGGCGCCGCUGCUCAUGCUCUCACUGCCAAUGCACCGGCGCAUGGAGGUGAGCGCGCACAGCCCCUCCUCUGCCUCCGCCCUCCGCCGUCACCGCAGCAGCUCCCCUUCCGGCGCCAUGGGCGCCCUGCGCGGCCACCACAACUCCGCGUCUGCCAGACCCUCUAUCACACGCGGCAAUGCACCGUGGUCGUCCGUGGGAGAUGAGUUGGUGCUCGAUGCGUCAGUGCUGGCCUACCCCACCAUCGACGGCCAGGCGGUGGGCAUGCAGGGGGUGGUGUGGCACCUCAAGGUUCCCAAGCGGCCGUCCACGUGGCGCACAGGGCCACUCUCGUCCGACCCCCAGCUGCUGGACGAGCUGAGGGCAAGCCUCAAGCAGGACGUGGCGGCGCUGCCACCCCUCUCCUCCCCCUCCACCUACUCCUUCGGCAAGAUAGCGGCGCGUGCCGCCCGCCUAGCGCUGAUUGCAAAGCAGGUGCGGGAUGAGGACAGCCUGGCCGCCGUGCUGCCGCCCCUGCGGACCGCGCUCUCCGCAUGGCUGGAUGGCACCUUCUCCGGUAACCGCCUGCUGUACGACCCCACGUGGGGUGGCGUGGUGAGUGAGGCGGGGUCGCGUGACCAGGGGGCGGAGUUUGGAGCGGGCAUGUACAACGACCACCACUUCCACUACGGCUACUUCAUCUAUGCCGCUGCCACCGUCGCCAAGUUUGAUCCCGCGUGGCGCGACCAGUACCGUGCGCCGCUGAAGGACCUGAUGGCGGACUACAUGUCAGCGGAGCGCACCGCGGCGUUCCCGAGGCUGCGGCACUUUGACGCGUACGCGCUGCACUCGUGGGCCAGCGGGCUGUUUGAAUUCGGCGACGGGCGCAACCAGGAGAGCUUCAGCGAGGCGGCCAACGCGUACUACGCGGCGGCGCUGCUGGCGUCCGCGGUGUUUGCGGACGGCAACCGCGUGGUGGGUGUGCUGUGGUCCACCAAGCGUGACGCGGCGCUGUGGUUCGUCCCGCCAGCGGACAUGGAGAAGCGCGUGGGCAUCCAGGUGCUGCCCGUGUCGCCCUUCCUCACCCACCUCUUCCCGGACCACGAGUUUGCCAAGCAGCUCGUGGAGUGGGCGCAACCCGUGCUGAGUGGCGCCGCCACGGACGAGUGGCGCGGCUUUGCGUGGGCGCUGCAGGCGCUGUACGACCCGCAGGGGGCCAGGACGAACAUUGCUGCUCUAACGGCGUUUGAUGAUGGCAACUCCAAGACCAAUAUGCUCUGGCUGCACUUCUCCAUUCCUUCCAGAUCACGUGCACCACAACUGCCUACUUAUACCCAAUACCUCCUCCAUGCCCCUUGUGCUGCUCUCUUUCCCCCUCUCUCCAACCUCCACUCCCUCUUUCCCCCACCUCUCCUCCUCGCUGGCGGAUGGUGA